AUGGGGAAUCGACGGAAAUUGGUUUUAAUGAUACUACUGUCAGUGUUGACGCUUCUAGUAUUGAUGUAUAUACAAACACGCCCUCACAGUAUCACUGUGGUGAAGGCUGGUAGCAGAAUACAAAUAUCGCACAUUGGUGGCGAUCAGAGCAAUGAUAAUGCUCUCAAUGAUAGACAUGGGUUGAACUUGAAUGACGCAACAAACGAGAGAUUCGCCAUGACAACAUUUGUAGCAGAUGUGCCUGAGCGGGAAAAAAGCAAUAAUGACGCCUUAAUAGCCGACAGUGGCGAUAAGCUCGUAGAAAUAGUCGGUAGAAACGUUACGAAAGAUGAUCGUACAACAGAGCCGAACGUUGUGGGUAAGCCGACUCGCUCGCAACAUACAUCACGUGAUGAGUAUGACAUCAGAGCACGUGAUGAUAACGCAGUUCCUUCAUUGGAUAAUAACACUUACCAUGUGUCCAAACCUGGUAUACUGUUGGAUGAGGUCGUCAAAGAUUCUAACGAUUUCGAAAAACAAGUCGAUAUGAUAGGAACUCGGCACCAUGACGUCAUAACGACCGUCGACGGUGCUCUAAAUGUCAAUAUAGCAGGUGGACAAAUCAAUCCCGAUCAAAACCUCCACCAAGACACCCCAGAUAAGGAAGAAGAUGGCGGUCAGCAAGGAAACGACUUACAUGUUUUGGACGUUGGGGAGAUGGACAAUGGCCAACAAACAGAAGACCAUUUUAGAAAACAAGCUUCAAGAGAAUUUUUGGACCCGGAUGUUAAUAACGAUCACAUUGCCAGGGAGAUUGUUGAUUUAGAUGAGUACAAAGAGAGGAGAGAAAAUCAACAGAACAGACGCACGUAUGAUUGGACGGUUCAUAUUCCUCGGUCACGUGGGUUCGCAGAGCCAGCUCGCACAGCCCUGUACAAUAAGAUUGAAGAAGAUAGUGUGACGGAAACUGUACCAACUGCCCCACCUGCUCCGAAGUGGCUGAACUCCAUUACGGAAGGCGAAUUUAAAACGCUCGUUAACGAGUUCGGAAAUGAUGAUCUUCGUUUUGGGGAUGACUUUCCAGGGUGGUUUAGCCGUACAGAUAUCAUUCGUAUGGAGAAGCUGUCAACCAAUGACGUCAUUGAUGCCUUUGAGAAAGAACAUCACCCGCGACUGCGUUUAUUGAUAUUCAAUAACACGGGUAGUGAUCCCAUCCAGGUGUUCGACGCUUGCACGGACCAGUGCGCCGUACAGAAGAGCAUCGAAGACUGGUACGAGAUUGUCGCGUUUCACUUAGAUCGGGUGCUCGGGCUAAACCGGUCAUUGCCGACGGUGGCUCGCAUAAUUACCGCCAAGCCUGGUUCAAUUUUGUCGGCGGACAAACGCUUCAGCGAUGGGUUGCCACGGCCCGUUAUUUGGUGGGACCCUGAUAUCCAACACGGUGGAGAGUUCAUGUUUGAUCAGAAUUCGCUUGAUUUAAGCUGGACGGACUACCAGAGAGAGUUGCGGUAUAAAUGUAACUCACAGACAAAAACGUUGCGUGAUUAUCAUUGCCGAACCAAGAUUAAGAACAUCGAGUGGAGUAAACUUGCGAUGUUUGAUUUUCUGUUGCAGAUUCACGAUCGGCUUGAUAGGAACUGUUGCGGAUAUGACGACGAUGAGGGCGAACGAUGCAUGGUUAAUGGGAUGCAUGACGAAUGUGAUGAUGUUGACAAGCAGUACUUGGUCCACAUCAUGGCUCACAGAUACGAUGCUACCAGGCUUGUCUUCAUCGACAAUGCUGGACACAUGAAACGAAGCAAAGACCAUUUAAAUUUCAGACUUUUAAAAGGAAUACAAGAAUUUCCGGAUAACUCUAUACAUAUUCUAAGAUCUGGCAAGUUUAGAGAAAUGAUGAAGCGUUCACUCACUAUUGAUCGUUGGUUCUGGAUUGCAGUCGGAGGAGAAGAAGGAGUUGGCACAAUUAUUGAUAAUCUUGAGGAACGAGUGAAGGCCUUGUUAGACUAUAUUGAUUCGGAUGAAAAUAUACAGAUAGUGCCUGAUUACUGA